GAAUACUCCUGGACGGAAGGAGUAUAAUUUUGAAAGUAAUGAUGUGAAUUUUUCCAAUCCAUUUUCAGUUUUUUCGCAUUUCAUUUGUUCAAACCUGAGGGGGACCUAACAUUGGAAAAUAAUCAGAAAAGAAAAAGAAAAGCACAGAAAUGGAGAAGCCAAAAGCUUUAAUGGAAGGAACGAGCAAGGAGGAAUUGGAGAUACUGUCCUCCCUCACCUUUCAUCCUCACCGCGUCAGCGUCGAGUCCAGUUUCUACGAGUACUACGCCGUCAGGGGAAUCCGAGUCGACCGAGUCGAACCCGGCGCCGUUUCCUGCACUUUCAAAGUCCCCCGUCGCCUCACCGAUAGAGAUGGAAUACUGGCAUCUGGUGCGAUUGCGAACCUAGUUGAUGAAGUUGGGGGCGCGGUUGUGUACGUGGAGGGCCUCCCAAUGAAUGUGUCUGUGGACAUGUCCAUCUCUUACCUCUCUACUGCAAAACUUAAUGAUGAACUGGAGAUUACUGGGAGAUGCCUAGGUAAAAGAGGUAGUUAUUCUGGGACAAGUGUCCUUGUGAGAAACAAAAUGACAGGGGAACUUAUUGCAGAGGGGCGACAUUCUUUGUUUGGUAAACAUGUGAGUAAGAUGUGAUUGAAUGCUCUGUGUUUUUUUUCCCAUCUUCUUCCAUCCAAAAGAAUAGUUUAAGAGGAAAGAACUAACAGAUACUCCGUAAAAAACAUUAAUGGUAUGUGUGCAUGAAUGCCCUAAACGGAAAAAUUCUGUUCUUUUCGAGAAGGUAUAUGGUACAACCGGAUGUACUAUACAUCCAGGUAGUACUCAUUCUGGAGUAGAGUAGUACUUAUUCUCGCACAAAUAUAAUUAGUAUGGUACUCAUUCUAAAGUAAUGUAGUACUCAUUUUCACACAUUGGUUCAAUAUAAUUAUAAUAUUCAUCUACAAAUAAUGUAGUGUUCAUUCU